AUGAUCAGCAGACUACUUCUAAGCCUAGUGAUGCUACAGUCUAUUCUUGCAAGAAUAUCUGUAAAAGACAUAAAGACAGUCAGUGAGACUUUUGUUGGCGAGAAACAGGAUCUAAUUAUUAACCCAAAGGGCCCAUUGAAUCUGCUGCGUGGAUAUAUUGGAAACCGAAGCGGACACAUGUACAACAAACGGUUUUAUUCUUCUGAAAUAGACACAGAUUAUGCGUUGUCUAAGAAACGACUAUCCAGUAUAGGCGAACAAGAGUAUAACUUUAAAAGAAAGCCAGUGAAUGACAGGAUAUACAAAGACUUGGAUACAAAAACCCCAGAAGGCAGGUAUCUUAGCAUGUAUCAUGCCCAGCUGAUAAAGAUGUUUCCGUCUGCAGAUGGAGACCUCUCCAUCGAGGCAGGAAGGUCGAAUGCACUUACAAACUUCCUAAGAGCAGAUCACGUUAAGAAGGAUGCAAAGUACAUACUUGCUGCGCUGCUGCUGCUCUCAGAAGGUGUUGACAUUAAAAUAGCAGUAGACUGUAAAGGAAAGAAAAAUAAUCUUGUCAUAAAAAGUAAAACAUGCAAGGAGAAAGAGUUUGUGAACGUAGAAAUGCAUACUGCAGGUAUAGAUCCAUUUACUAAUGAGCACAGUGAGAGUAUCUACCAAAGUGAGGCGGCUGGAAUUGUCAAGUUCUAUAUGCAGUGCAAAGACAAUUCACUGCUAAAGAGAGGAGGUGAGUUUGCAAUGCCUUCCACUAGAGAAGAGUUUGAAAGUGGAAAGUUUCUGAACAAUGCAGCCUUCCUUAUACAGACGUACAUCUACGAGUUCAUUGACACAGCAGAGAGUUACAAGGACUUUGUGAAUGCAGUGCAUGAAUUGCUAGUUGAUCAAGUAACUGAAAAGGAGAACUCCAAGCAGACUAAGAAGAAGGGCAGAAUAUUUGAUAAGCUCUUCCUAGCGAAAGAAGCACUUAGUGAAAAUAUAAAGUACACUGAAAAAUUCUAUAGCUUUAUAAAAACUAUAAGUGAAAAUACUAAAUUUCCCUUCUGCAAUGCUAAUCAGCUGCCGAAGUAUACUAGAGUGCCGCGUUGUAAGCUAGACAAGUCGGGCUUUGAGAAGGACCAAGCCUUAUACUACAGUGACUGCGUAGAGACAGCCCUUCUUGGACUGUUCUGCUGCCUGGCAUAUAGUCCAGAGAUCGGAGAGUACCAAACCAGCCACAUGGGAGAGGGAGUAAGUGAUGAGUUGAGAGACUUCUUUGAAAAGUACUCUAAGCCAACAGAAACCACUGACUUCGAAAUGCACAAACAAUGGAGUAAAGUUAUUGCUUGCUUAAAGGAUGAAAAGAUUGACUAUGUGCAGAGUAGAAAUGAACUUUUCCCUGGGGUUGAAAAUAUAUUUCUGGUAAUUGCAGAAAUAACAGGCCAGAAAGCAGAUAUAUUAGAGCUAGUUGAAUGUAUAGAGAAUGCAUGCAGAACAGGAGAAUUAGAUGAUAAGCAGGAAGUUUAUAUUGCAGAUAAGAUAGAAUCAAUUAUUAAGUCUUUGUCACUUAAUAAGAAUGUAAAAGUAGAAUGCAGUCGAAUGAAACUUGGAAAGACGUCAAAUAGCAAGGUAGAUAUUUUAGCUGAGAUUAACAUUACUUACACUUUCGGUAAAGUAUCCAAUGGAAUUUCUUUGGAUAUAAAAAAAGGGCAUGCAAAUCUUGCUUUUAUUCCAUCUUCAAAUACUAGCUCUGCAUAUAUUAAAGAAAAAUAUGAAGAAGUAAAAAAUACCUACAGUGGCAUAGACUGCUAUAUAGGAUACAUUAUGAAUCAGUAUGCUAGUGUGGAAUCAUAUUCUUUAAAUACUAGCUGUGCAGUCUUUUCAAUUAAUACUAAAAAAAUCUUAGACCAAACUAUACAAGGAGAAUCUGAAGGCAUAUCUAGAAUAUUCUUAUUAGGAAAGAUUUCUGCCAUAGAGAUUAAACGCUCUAUUAUAAAUAGUUUUAUAUUUAAUACUAUAGAUAAGAAAAUAGACCCAAAAAGCACUUUAACACGGUUUACAGCAAACAUUUUAGGAAGUGUUCCGCUCAAUGAUCCUGAAACAAGAUAUCUGAUGCUAAAAUACUUCAUAUUUUAUGCAAACUGGCAGGAAUUCUAUCCAAGACUUGGGUUUAAGCCAUCAGAGAAUAUUCCAAAAGAAGAUAUUAUUUGGAAUGUUCUAAAAAAGUUGAAUUUACGCAAAAAUACUCCAAUAUCUCUUCCAGCGCCUAUUUCAUUAAAAGCAACAUGCAACUAUCUUAGAUCAACUGCGAAUGACCCGAGAAUGAACGAUUCAAGAGUAGAUUUUAUAACCCGAAAGUCUCUACUUCAUUUUAUCGUGUCUAAUGGGAUGAUAGAUAAGUUGGUGGAAAUUCAAUCCAUUAUCAAAGAAUCUACAGAAGACUAUAAUUUGAACUAUGUAUAUGUUUUCUGGCUUACCUAUGCAUGCUCAGAUGUUAGUAAGUUCACUCUAGAAUCUAUUAAGACAGUUUACGACUUUAUACUCAUUGAUAAUUAUCCAGAACCAUUUUUGUCUAAAGAGCUAAUAAUACUUGAACCUUCAAAGUAUCUUGAAAAUUGUCUAAAUACUUUAAAAGAAAAUAAAAGACUUUUCUGCUCAAAAGAUGACAGAGAAAGUAUGGAAAAGUAUGAUGCAGUCUUAUCAUACUUUUUGAAAACCUGUUCGUGGGUCAAGAAAUCUAAAUGCUCACCCUGCACUAUAAGUUGA